AUGCAGGACGUAUUGACGCGCUAUAUUGUGAUGGUGCCCACGUGUGAUGCUACAUCAGACACUGCAGCCAGGGCUCUCUUUGGUCGUUGGGUGUGCACAUUCGGAGUGCCUUAUUCACUCUCAUCGGACCGGAGGCCUCAUUUUAGGCCUGAGAUGUUCCAAGCAGUAUGUCAAAUGGCGGGCAUUCAUCAGAAGCUUGGAACGCCCUAUCAUCCCCGCAGCCAGGCCCAAGUGGAGAGACAAAAUCAGCUGAUGGACAACCUGUGGUGUCUAUGUGAUAACAACAUCGAUUUGCGGCCGGAGAUGGUGCCCCAUCUGCAAUAUAGUCACAAUACAUCAUGGAAUGCCACAACAGGGCAGAGUCCGCACGAACUGGUGUAUGGUGUUCCUGCAAGAUGUCCGGAACAGGUGGCGUCGGAAAAGGCAUCACGUGAUGAUCCUGACUUCCGUCCACCAGACCUGAGUAAUGUGGAGGUAGCUGGUCGGUUGGGACAGGAGAAGUUGAGAAGGAUCGAGAAAGCACUACGUUCGGCAAAAGACAGGGUAGCAGUGGUGCAGGAAAGAAGGAACGAGAAAUAUUGCAGUCGAGGAGGAGCGUUCCGUGUUGGCGACCUGGUGCAGCUCAAAUUAUCACCAUCUGAACGGCACAAGAAAGGGGGUAGGAAGAUGACCCCCUAUCAGUCACACCGCUACCGCGUCAUCAAGAUACUGAGAAGAGGAUGGUCUUACCAACUUAUCCCCGAAAGUGACCCAACUGGAUGA